AAUAAAGAAAGCUAUCUAUAACUACAAAUAACAAUUAUUUAUUACUUUCAAUCAUAAUUUUUCAAACUUAUUAUUUUUAAAAAUUUUACACUGCAUUAAAAAUAGGCAAAAAAGAUGUCAUAGAAAGAUAUAUAUAAUAAAUAUUCAAAUUAAAGCGCAGACGACCAAUAAGAGGAAGAUGAUGAUGAGAAUUAAGAAUCAUCAUGCCAAUUAAGUCCAGAAAAAGAUUUAGGAGAAUCAUUAUAAGGCGAAGACUUGGAUGAAGAUUAAGGAGUUAUAGGCGAAGAUGAUGAAGAAUAAGAAGAAUCUUAUGAUGAGGAAGACGAAGAAGAAGAUGAUGAAGAAAAUAAUUAAGAUUAAUAAAAUAAUUCAGAAUCCAAUUUAUAGUAUGACAAAACAAACCAGAAGAAUUAGUAAACUGAGAUGACUGACAACUAAAAUGAAUUUUUAGCAGAAGACUAUUUAAGUUAAAUAAAAACAAAUGAAAAAAGCGAAUUAAAAUAUCAACUUGACAUUUAAAGUAACUUGUCUGGUGAAAAUGUAUAAGAUAUGGAUGAAAAACUUAAACAAUAUAUAGAAUUAAAUGGAAAAAAUGAAAAUUAAUAAGCUGCAGAAAGUAAAAAAAUUGAAAAUGAUGAAAUUAUGAAGAAAUCAGAGGAAAAUGUUCAUGAAAAAGUUGUAGAUAAUAAUUAAAAAUUAAACAUUCAGUAAAAUAAUAUUAACGAUUAUUAAGAGGACAUUAAAAAGGACUAAUCAAAUAAUUUAGUUGAUAUACAAUAAAAUAAUGAAAUUAUUAAAGAAGUUAAUAGUGAGGAUUAAUAAUAAAAAAAUGAGAUGGAUAAUAAAUAAAGUGAUAUAGUACUAGCUUAAGAGGAGAGCAAGCAAAGUGAAUAGGUUGAAGCUCCUAUCGUAAAAUAAAAAAAAAUAGAAUUGCGUCCUAAGGUUAUUUAUGAUCCUAAAAAUGAUGUUGAUUAAUAUACAGGAGACUAUUCUGAUUCAGGAGAAAGUGAUGAAGAAGCAAACAACGAAGAUGAUGACGAAGAUGAAGAUGAUGAAUCAGAAAAUGAAUCUAGAAGCAGAAAAAAUAAAGCCUAGUUGUUAAAAAAAAAGAAUAAUAAGAAAGAGUAGGCAAAGAAGCAAUAAGUAAAAAAAGUUUACAAGAAAUAAACUUUAGUCCUGAAUGUAGCUGAUACAAAAUAUCCUGUUGUGAAAUUUGUGGGUAAAAAAAUAUUUAAAUGGAAAUUAGCCUAUGACAUGGAAUCUAUGGAUUUUGAUAUCUUUUGGACUGAUAAUGCUGUUUAACCAGAAUAGCUAGGACGUAUGCAGCCAUAUUAAAAAAUCAAUCACUUUCCUGGUAUGUUUUCUUUAGCAAGAAAAAAUCACUUAGCUAGAAAUCUUAUGAAAAUGCGUAAGUAAUUUCCUGAUUAGUAUAAAUUUUUCCCGUAAACUUGGCUUCUUCCUGCUGAAUACAAUGAUUUUAAAAACUAAUUUGAAAAGAGCAGAUCCUAAUAAAAAAUAUUUAUAGUUAAACCUGAAGCUAGUUGUUAAGGCAGAGGUAUUUUCCUAACUCGAAGUCUAGAUGACUUAAAUCCUUCAGAUCAUUAUGUUGUAUAAAGGUAUUUAAAUAAGCCAUAUUUAAUUGAUGGUUUGAAGUUCGAUUUCAGACUAUACGUCUUACUAGCUGGGUGUGAUCCUCUUAGAAUUUAUUUAUAUUACGAGGGUUUAACUCGUUUUGCUACUGAAAAAUAUUAAGAAGUAAAUAGAGAUAAUAUAGAAGAUAUGUGUAUGCAUUUAACAAACUAUGCUAUCAAUAAAGAUAAUCCUAAUUUCAAAUUCAAUAAAGACAAAGAAAAAAUGGAUGUUGGACACAAAAGAUCUCUCACUUCUGUUUUACAGCUUCUUGAAGACUAGGGUCAUGAUGUUAACAAGCUGUGGAAAGAUAUUAAGAGGGUUUUAAUUAAAACAAUUAUUAGUGCUUAGCCAACAUUAGCUCAUCAUUACAAAAGCUGCUAGCCUGAUAAUUUUAUGAAUAAUAUGUGUUUCGAAAUAUUAGGAUUUGAUAUUAUAUUGGAUAGCCAUUUGAAGCCAUGGGUUUUAGAAGUUAAUCACACGCCAAGCUUUUCCACUGAUACUCCACUUGAUAGUUACAUCAAAAAGAACACAAUUAGGGACUCAUUAAAAUUGAUGAAUUGUACUUGUAAAGCAAAAAAUGAGAUUAUAAAUUAAAGAAAGGAAAUAAUGUAAAAAAGAGUUUUGACUGGUAAAAAAGUGAAGUACACACCUGAAGAAAAGCUAGAAGAAAUAAAAAAAGCAUAAUAAAAAAGAGAUGAAUAUGAAGAUAAACAUUUAGGGGGAUUUGAAAGAAUUUUUCCUAUGGAAGAUGAUGAAGAUGAUAAUUUUACUGAGUAUAUGUAAUAUGCAUUAAAGUGUUAUGAAGAACAAACUGGAGCAAAUAUUAGAAGAAAUACAAAAAAGGUCACUGAAGAUCCUAAAAAAAUAACAAAUUAACCAAAAAAGCUAAAUCAACCAAAAGAUUUAGAAAAAAUUUAUAAUACAAAAAUAGGAGCUAAACUACCUCCUCGUAAGCCUAAUUCUUAGACUACUAUUAAUAAAGGAAUACCCGGUUAAAAUGGAUAGCGUCCAAGCUCUUCUUAAUUAAACGAAGAAGGUGAAACUAUUCAAUGCGAAGACCAAGAAUAAAAUAAAGAUGAAGCUAUUGAAAACGCUAUCACAAGAUCAGCUAGUGGAAGAAUGCAUGAUUUUAGGAUUAAAAAAUAAAAUUCUCCAUAUAAUAUACACCAAAAAUUCAAAAAUAAAAUAUAAAACAGAGUAGCAAUAGGAGUCAAAGAAUUGAAGCUAGCAGAAGAACCUUUCCAAUUUGAAGAAAAUAUAAAUGGCAAACCAUCUAAUCCAAAUGUCAAAAAGAUCUAAGCGUAUAUCACCUCAGAAAAGGAGCAAUUAGAAAUAAAAAACAUGAAUAUUCUUUAAGAUUAAAAUUAUAAUUCCUCUAGAGCAGUUUAAGCUAAAAAGCCAUAAAUAGAGCCAUAAGUAUUAUUUGUAUAAGAACCUCAAACUAAAAAGCUUUAAAUUCUCAAUUAAGCAAAACCACCCUAACAAAAAUUAUAAUUUUAAUUAAUUGAUAAUACAGCUGCUUAAAUGGAAGAAGAAAGGAGAUAAUGGCUUAUACAAGCUUAAAGAAAUUUAUAAUAUCAGCUAUCUUAACAAUAAUACUAACCUUAAUAAAAGCUGACAUUACUUCCAAAAGGACCACCUAUACAUCCUUAAACAAAUGUAAUGCAAUCUAUUGCAGAUAUUCCUAAUAGUUCUAAUAGUAAGGAAAUACUAGCAGCUGUUGGAGGAGCUAUUUCUGGAUAAUAUAAAACUGAUAAACGAGUGACAAUAAAAUAAAAGGGGUAGAUAUAGAAUUAAAGUAUAAAUUAACUCAAGGAUAAUAAUGGCUUGUUUUUACAACCAAAACUUUUUGAAAUUCAAAGCUUUUAAUCUAGUUAGCAGUAAUAAGCAUAAUAAGCUAUACAAAGCAGCCUGGAUUAAAAUUUAAUUGGAAUAAAUUAGAAUAUGGUUGGGCUAAAUGAUCUUUUUGUCUCAGGUAAAAGCCAUAAAGUAUAACCUCAUUAUUAAGCAUAAUAAGAUUCAUAUAGUUACCAAAAGCAUAAUAGCUAUAGUAAUUACUAUCAAAAAUGA